UUGCAACCAGGCAGGCAACCCAUCUUUUGCAUGAUCAGUCGGAGACUCUGUUCAACGAGCUCGAUUUGACCACUGCUAAACCCCAAUCACUUGCAUAACCUUUAUCACGAUCAGUCUAAACGCUCUCUUUCUCCAAAAUGACAACGCUGCCAGAGGCUCAGCCCUCGAAAGAAACGCCUAUCGCCAUAGACGAUCCUGAUGUCCCCAAAACAGCCAAGUCAUUUGUGCCUCUCGAGAACAACCCCGAAGUAAUGUCCUCCCUCGUCCACAAUCUUGGCCUCUCGAAAGCUCUCUCCUUCCACGACGUCUUCAGCAUCGACGACCCUGAUCUCCUCGCCUUCGUUCCCCGACCUGCCAGUGCCCUCCUCCUCGUCUUCCCAGUCAGCCGUGCCUACGAAAUGUUUCGAAUGCAGGAAGAUGAGAAGAAACCAGAAUAUCAAGGCAAGGGUGCUGAGGAGCCUGUAUUAUGGUAUAAGCAGACCAUCAGAAAUGCUUGCGGACUGAUUGGGCUCUUGCAUGCUGUUAGCAAUGGAAAUUCGAGGGGUUUUAUUGCAGAGCAAGGAUCAGACCUCGAAAAGCUGGUCACUGAUGCUACGCCCCUUGGACCUAUCGAACGUGCUGAUCUCCUCUACAACUCACAGGCACUGGAGCGCGCACAUCAGAGCGCUGCUGUCGAAGGACAGAGUACUGCUCCGAACGCAGAAGAUAACAUCGACUUGCACUACGUCUGCUUCGUGAAGGAUGAGAAGAAUAACCUGUGGGAAAUGGACGGCAGACGAAAGGGCCCAUUGAAUCGUGGGCCUCUUGGUCCAGAUGAUGAUGUCCUGUCUGGGAAGGCGCUGGAGCUGGGAGUUAGGAAGUUCCUGAAGAGAGAGGAGGAAGCUGGCGGUGGGGAGUUGAGAUUCAGUUUGAUCACAUUGGCACCGAACCUUGACUUUGACUAGACGAGACUUUGAUGAAUUAUAUUGCGGCAUAUGGCGCUGGGCGGUCUUUUCCUGUUGCAUGUGGGGCAUUUGGAGCACGGCGAUAUUCAGCAUAGGGGAAGAUGCUACCUAGAGGUACACGAAACGAGCAAUCGAAGCACAAAAGCAUGUUCAGAACACCACAAAUCGUUGUUAUGCUCAUCCUGGCCUUAGAGCAAGUAUUCUUCCCAUCCCUCUUACGUAGGCCGAAACACGGUGGAUAUGAGUGACGAGGCUGGACGCCACACAAGGCU